GGCCGUGAGGUGAGCGCGCCUGUCCCGCCUUUCCGGCUCAUCCCGGGACAUCCCCGGCGCGGCAGAGGUGGCGGCAGCUGGGCCCCUGGCCCCUGGUAGCCGCUCGCUGCCACCCGAACCCGGCUGGGAGAUGCAUCUUCGCGCAGGAGGGAAGCAAAUGGAUCCCUUGCCCAAUCCCGCACCCCUGGCCUCGAAGCUACGGAAUAAGCUGGUUCGGUAUCACAGCAUCGCAGACAACGAGUGGCGUGUGGCGAAGAAAACCAAAGAUGCAACUGUGUGGCGUAAACAAUCGGAGGAAUUCAGUGGAUACCUAUACAAAGCUCAAGGAGUGGUGGAAGAUGUUACUAACAGAAUAGUAGAUCAUAUUCGCCCUGGACCUUACAGGCUAGACUGGGACAGCCUAAUGACUUCAAUGGAUAUCCUGGAAACAUUUGAAGAGAACUGCUGUGUGAUGCGCUACACAACUGCUGGCCAGCUCUGGAACAUCAUAGCACCAAGGGAGUUUGUUGAUUUCUCUUAUACUACAAGCUAUGAAGAUGGGCUUCUAACAUGUGGUAUAAGCCUGGACUAUGGAGAGGUGAGACCAAACUUUGUCCGUGGAUUCAAUCACCCUUGCGGUUGGUUCUGUGUCCCUCUCAAGGACUCUCCUGGCCACAGUCUUUUGACAGGCUACAUCCAGACUGAACUGCGAGGAAUGCUACCACAGUCUGCAGUAGACACUGCCAUGUCUAGUACACUGGCCAAUUUCUACUCUGACCUCAAAAAGGCACUCAAAACAUAGACAAACACUGACUUAAAAGCCCGUGCGCUCCUUGCAAUCAGAUUAUGUUGUUUAUCUUAGCGUAGGUUACCUAAAUUGAGGUGAGUGACACUCUUCCUGAAUGACACCUGAACCUUUGUAUUGAGGAUCCAAACAGCUUUAGCAAGUGCUUUUUGGUGUGAUAAUUGGCAUACAUUCCCUGUGCACAGUGCAAUAUGCUUUUUGCUGCUUGGCACUCUGCAGCUUUGUGAGGAAUAGCCUGAAUCUCUAAACCCCCAUCUUCCUUAGUAGAAAGCACAAGAUGUGUGUGUGGGCUUGGAAAAUGCAGCAUGAGCUCAGCUCCCUCCAGCAGCUGGGAGCCAGGUGCUCGGCAUUUUGAUAGUGCACAUUGCUGUACAGGCAGCAUCUCAUUGAAGAUGUAAUUUAGUAAUAUAUAUAUAUAUAUAUAUAUAUAUAUAUAUAUAUAUAUAUAGGUAUUUACUUAAAUUCUUUGAUUUUUUUUUAAAGUUUGUUCAGCUGCAUCUGUAAUUUGUUUUUAAAUUUGCUUUGAUUUAUCAUAUAGAUACUAUAUAGCUAAGUUGUUAAAUGAUACUAUUCAUAAAAAAGCUAUUUGUACUUGAGAACAAUAGGAAGUUUUCAUUUUUGGCAUUUCUUUGAUAUUGUAACUGUAACUUACUUACUAUUGUAUACAACAGUCUCAGUGCAUAAAGAAAUGCCCUUACAGCUGAUCCAAAGCUCAUUUAGGUCAUCAUUCCAUUGUUUUUUGUUGGUUUUUUUUGGGUUUUUUUGUGGGCUUUUAAUCACACAAUUGUCAAAAUAGCAAACCUCUAAUGGAUCUUCUGUGAUACUCUUUACUUCUAAGGACAUUUUUACUUAAAUGUGCAUGUAAUACAUAUGUGGGAAUUUUGUUUAGGUGGGUUUUUGGGGGAUUUUCUUUCUGUGUUGUUUCUUCAACUGCGUACCUUGGAAUAACAAAAGCAGCAGAAAGAGCCACUCCUUUGUUUCAGGGAUAGGUGUUGCUGUAGCCACAGCACCACGGACUUGCCAGUGUUCUGGUGCUGUAGCGUGGUUCUGUUCUGCCCCUAGGUUGAGCUGUGCAAUAAAUUAACAACUUAAAAUACAAGCAACUGAAGGCCAAAGCUCAAGCUGCAGAAUUGCUCAGAUCUGCUGAAGGAUACAGGGUCUUUUUUAAAGAUGCAAAUUUCAAGGAUAUUCUGCAGUCCAGUGAUUCUGAUAGAUAUAUAGCAGGGGCGUUUAAGAAAUAACUCCCUCCCUGCUAGGAACAUGAAUUCUCUUUAAAAUCUGAUGCUAAGCCUUUAAUGUUGGUAUGUGUCAUUUGCUCAGGUGAUGUAGUUAUCCCCAUGCUUUGCCAGUGCUCUCACAGUGGCAAGUUUAACUGUGUAGGAGUUAGGAAAGGUAUCUUUAAUCCCUGAUACUGUGGAGCCAAUUGUAUACAUACAAUCCAGGGACAGGUUGUAGACUCAGAAAAACAAAAAUUCAGAUCAAAGUCCCUUGCAAUAUUGGCUUUUUUGACACUGGCCACUGUAGCUGAACUCUGAAUAGUGAGGACUUCCCUUUCUUCUUGCUCAAUCAGAGAGGUAGAAAAAACAUAAUACCAAAUAUAGUGGGGGCAUUUUCAACCUGCUUCAUGUUUUAAGGUAUUUAGUACUAUUUAAGACAGUUAAAAACAAUGCAUCAAACAGCCUUUGGUCCUCAUGGGCAGAAAACGUUAAUUCCUUUUUAGGUUUUGUGUAUUUCCCUUUAAGCCCCUCAGUUAGUCUUCCCUUUUUUUUUUCUACCUUCCUCAUGUCUGCCAAACUACUGCAAGCUCACAAGGUGAUCUUCUACCACCAAGGACACCAAGGAAUUACUGCCAGUAUUCUCUCGUUUCUAGUACUGGUACAGAAGCAAUUAUGAAAUCUUUGGCAGUGCCACUCCGUGGGAUGAAUGGUUACAUCACUGUAGAGGAAAACAUUUCAAGUGUAGCCUAUUUUUUCUUUCCAGUUACAAAGAUUACAUGUGCAGUUAAUCUGCAUAUUCAUGUCUUCUCUUUUUAGAGCUGCUGGGACUGACUAAUGGAGGGAUACAGAUGUAUGUAGAGAAAAAUACUGCCUCUCUAUGUAAAAAGCCGAGUUUAAAUGUGCACAGAGGCACUUCAGUGCUGGAGAAAUGGGUCAGAAGGAGCACAGGACACAGGAGGAUGUUGGUACAACACCAGGCACCGCAGAAGUAAUUGUUCCAAACACCCAUUUUAGGGGCUCUGACACAUACACAGUAUCUAUCCUUAUUUAGUAUCCAGUGAAAUGUUUUUUUCUGCUUUUAGUGAAGACAAAUUGGUGAAGCACAGAGCAGCUGAAGAAAGAAGAACUUGAGCUAAAGUAAGAAAAUUGCUAGUGCAUUUUUGUAUGCUGAUACUGCUAAUAAAAUUUUAGCUAUAGACUAGUACAGAACUAGGAGAAAGAUGUCCAAUUUCAACUGUAUUUCUUUGAACCUGAUAUUUAUAUUAUUUUUAUCUAGCUAUAGAUGGAGAGAGAGGAAGAACUGUUCUUUAACCAGAGUACAUCAGAACCAAGAAAGCCACAGUAUCAGCCUCUUCUCCCACUGUUGCAUUCUUCUCCUCCUGAGUUAGUGGACAAUCUAGGUGGAGCCAAGAGGGUUAAAACAGGAAAGCAGUGGCAAGGACAAAGUGCCCGAGCCCAUGUUUUGCCUAUGCAGAAGUAAUGGGAGACAAAGUAAAUGCUUAGUAUAGAUUUCUACCACUGAGGAAUACAGUUAUCCAGAAGUGACUUCUGAACAAAUUGCCCAAGAACAGCAGAGAUCUUAUUUUGCUAGAUAAAUAGCAUGUAUAUAGACACAUCAAAAAUAUUUUUAUAUGGCUAAUAUUUUUUUUAAGAAAACCUUACUUUUUAAGUGGUAUGGGCAAUGUGACACUUUACUCUUUAGCACUUUAACUGGGUGGUUUGUAUGUAUGUGGGAAAGGUUUUCAUGCUUGGGUUUGUUCCUCAUCUAAAAGUUCCAGCAUUAAACUUCUCCUGUAGAUGUGCAGAAGAUGCAGAGAUGGGGUUAAGCUCACUUUAGAGGCAAGUACCACAACUGGCUGGGAGGUGGACUGAUACCUCAGAGAGAUACCCUAUGCACAGUCCUUGAUCUUAAAUUUGAUGAAUUUAUAAAUGUGAAACAUGAUGAACUUACACAAAACAGAGCAUAUAAUUUCUCCAGUAAUUAUAAGUAACCAUAACAGUUUUGAUGGUGUGACCUGGUGGUUCAGUCUAGGAGGUGCACUGCUGUAAAAAUAGCACUAAGUCUAGUGAAACCAGUCAAGUUGUGCCUGUGUAUGGAAAGUCAAAGUCUGUUUUAACAGUGAGUUUAACUUACUGUGGUCAGCAUUUAAGUGAUUGUAUUUGUAUUUUGAGUGCAGCUGCAGAAUAAAUUAAAAUAAUGGAUUCCAACAGGCUCAUCAUGUACCUUCUUCAAUGCUUGUGCAACCAUAUGUAGCAUUUUUGGGGCGUUAUGUCUGAUGAUGUAGUUAAUCUUUAGCUGACUGGUGAUCUCUAAUGAUACCAGUUUGUCUCCUUAAAUUUGAAACCCAUAAAGCAUUCACCUAGAAACUUGAUUUAGACUGAGGAAAAGGCCCAACUGAAAUGUCUUGAAAACUGUACAAGUACAAUUUUCUCAAGGCUUCAGUUCAAAAUAUGUAUAUACAGGAGUUGUUGGUUUUUUUUUUUUAUGAUGACCCCAUGAUUGUUGUGUAAGAACUCUAUUAUUUUGGCUUAGUAUUUUUUACCUUUUUGUAUGUUUAAGAAGCGAUCUAUUAACCAUAAACAUUAAGUUAAUCUGAAACACAUGAGCACAUAGCACCUGGCAGUAGGCAUAUAGGUUAUAUAUCAGGCAUAUAAAACAAGCUGCAACAUGUAUAUUGACUUGUAUUUAAUUAGCAUCUACAGAAACAAAGAAAAUCUCUGUAUCUCCUCAAGACCCUUCCUUUGUUUCUCUUGCAAAGCUGGCACAAAGGCAGUAGAGUUCUGUAGCAUUUGACUUCAGUGGAAAGCCUUGUAGCUGCCUUCUGUUUCUGAGAAAAGGAGCUGUCACCUCUGAGAUACAGCACAUUCUUGCAGGGCAUGUAUCAUGUCCUUCUGCAAAGUAUGGUAGGGAUAGGUAUAGAGGCCACUUGGGAUCUUUGGGAAAUC